CAGCAAUGGAAGCUAGCCUGUUUUGGCAUAUUAGCCCCCGAAGCUAGCAGGGCAGAGACGAAUAGUUGACCAUGUCUGACGAUGACUUGGAUGAGCUGCUGGAUGAAGUGGAAAAGAAGUUUUGCAGUAAAGUUUCUGCGGCGGCUUCCGAUAAAAAAUGCCACGAAGAAGAAAAUAAGCAAGGCGAACGGAGUGCUGGAAAGCAGGAGGAACCAAAAAGCAGCGUUUCUGAGGACAUCGACGCCCUUCUGGAGGAAUUGCUGGAGGAUGAUUACAGCAGCUCCUCUCAGUCCAAGAGUGAACAGUUUUCUAAAAGAGAAGAAGCAGAGAAGAAGCUCUCAUCUCAGUCUGCAGGAAGGAAGUGCUGUCCUGUUUUCAUCGGCGGGAGCUCGGUUGCAAACGGCGUCGGAACCGCCACGUCCAAGAGGUCAUGUGACCAGCUGAGGUGCGUCUCGUGUGACUUCCGGGUUUUAAUGUUUGACGAUUCUGAGUGGGACGCAUCAUGUGAUUACCUGUUCCUCAGGAACAACGUGCCGGACCGGCAGAAGCUCAGAGCCAGGCUGAAGAAGAGGAAAGGUGUGCGGGCCUACGCCUGCCAGUGCAACUGGUUCUCCUCCUCAGAGGCGACAGACCUCAGAGACCAGCCUCGGCUCAGAUGGGUCUGCGGCAAACACCAGGACUGACGCCGCGGCGAAACACCACAGCUGAUAUUUCUCUCAGACACUUUUAUAAAACAUUUCCCUCCCGAUAACGGAGCCGGAAAUAAUGUGUUAGGAGCCAGUGCUGAGCAGAUCUCUGCACAGGAGGAGGAACCUGGUCCAGUUACUGACAGAUGUGUCUCUAUGUGUAAAUCAGAGGCAUCAAGUCAUUUCCUCUGUGAGGUGUCCUGAAAAGUUUAGUUUUUCUUCUUUCUGAGUCCUUGAUCAUUAACUGUUUUACUUCAAAUCAGGGAGUCAGGAUAACUAAAGAGCUGUUUUGUAAAUAUGACACAGUUCAGACACGCCACAAUAUUAUAGGACUGAUACAGAUGUUAACGCCGAUGUAUAUAUUGUGUGUAUUAUGUAACAGAGGCAUCAGCAGACAUUUUCCCCUCCAGUUUAAGAUAAACUUAGAUAAAGAAAGAUAAAAUAUAUCUUUAUUAAUCCCCAGUAGGGAAUUAAUAAAGAUAUAAUUCAUUUCUGUUUAGUGCUCUGCUACUUUUGUUUUUUCUGUAAAGCUGGUAAAUGAUCAGAUCGCUCCACUCAGUUUGUGACGGCCAUCCUAUGAAGCAGGAUCGAGGGAACUUCAGGCUUAGUUUAAGAUUUUUAGCCUAAGCUGCUUCACCUCUUAGCUAGAGCCUGUCAACAUGGCAACUCAGAAUCAGAACCGGAGCGCCUUGGAUGCAGCAGUAACCUGCGCCGCCAUCUUGGAAGGCUGAACUGCUCUAGAAGAUUUCUAGAAUUUGGGGUAAAAACAAUAAAAAUCAGUUCCUCACAAUCAAUCAAAACCCCAGAAAACGAUGCAGCACUGUGAAAGAAAUCUUGUUAGUAAAAAAGAAGUGGUCUAAAGUGAGCUAUGUGAAUUAUUUUACUAGACUUUUCAGUCGUACGUUGAUAUUAUUUGUUUUAUCCUGUUUAAAAAUGGGAUUUAAAAUCAGUAAAUGAUUUACUGCAAAGACGAUUUCAAAUGACAAAACAAUUGAAUAAUUGUUGCAUUCCUUUCCUUCAUGGUGGUGAGGUGACACCGAUGUUAAUACUGGGUCAGAACAGGGUAAGAUGUAAAUGUAAGAACAUUUUUAAAUAAAAAAGCAAGUGGUUGUAGUCUUAAGUUUCACAUUUGUCAAACCGCUAAAUAAUUAUUGUCAUAAUAAAAACUUACUACGUAUUAA